UGGCGUCGCAGACAGUCACCUGGAGUUGGACAGCUGGUGAGAUGGGCAAUUCCGACUCUAAACUUCUCUUCAGAAAAGCGGUGAUACAGCUUACAACCAAAACACAGCCUGUAGAGGCCUGUGAUGAUGUGUUCUGGGAUCAGUUCUGGGCCAACGUGGAUUUGACAGCGCAGGAUAUUUUUGCGUUGAUUCCUGCUGCUGAGAUCCGCGCGGUGAGAGAGGAGUCUCCCUCCAAUCUGGCAACCCUCUGCUAUAAAGCGGUGGAGAGACUGGUGUUGAACGCAGACUCCAGCUGUGUGUGCGAGAGAGACAGACGGACUGUGCUCAGCUGCACUCGUCUGCUGACCCGGAUGCUGCCGUACAUCUUUGAAGAUCCGGACUGGCAUGGAUUCUUCUGGUCUACUGUACCCAAGGCUGGCAAAUCUGGGGAUGAAAGUGAGGAUGAAUCCACACGACCGUUGGCGGAGUCUCUCCUCACAGCUACAGCUGAUCUGCUGUUCUGCCCGGAUUUCACUGUGGAGAGUAACCACAGGACCAGUGCGGAUGCCACUGGUGAUGUUCAGUCCAUAGACAGCUGUGAGUUUAUUUGGGAAGCAGGAGUUGGAUUUGCUCAGGCUCCGCCCCUUAACCACACCCUCGAUUCCAACAGGACAGACUUAUUGAAGCUUUUGUUAACAUGUUUCUCAGAAGACAUUUACCAGUCUCCAUCUGACAAACACACAAUCAAUCCUUGGGUGUCGUUCUUUUGCUCAGGAGAAAACAGACAUGCUCUGCCGCUCUUCACUUCUCUUCUUAACGUGGUGUGCGCGUAUGAUCCCGUCGGAUACGGCCUUCCCUACAAUCACCUGAUGUUCUCUGACCAGCGGGGGGCGCUAGCAGAGCUGGCGCUGCAGGUCUUAAUCGUCUCAUUAGAGCAAGAGUUCAAUGACACCAGUAACACAAACACCAGCUCGACCCCGAGCACAGAUCCCGACCGCACCUUAUCUGACACGAACGUGAAGACGCCUGCUGAGGGAAGCCAGGCUACACGAGGCGAGAAUUUGUUUGUGAACUACCUGUCCCGGAUUCAUCGAGAGGAGGACUUUCAUUUUAUCCUGCGAGGGAUCAGUCGACUGCUGAAUAACCCGCUGCAGCAGACGUAUCUGCCUCACUCCUGCAAGAAGAUUCAGUUUCAACAGGAGCUGCUGGUGCUCUUCUGGAAACUCUGUGACCUCAACAAGAAGUUUUUGUUUUACGUGUUGAAGAGCAGCGAUGUGCUGGAGAUUCUGGUGCCAAUUCUGUAUUCUCUGAACGAUGCCCGAGCCAAUCAGUCACGUGUUGGUCUGGUGCACAUCGGCGUCUUCAUCCUGCUGCUGUUGAGCGGCGAGAGGAAUUUCGGCGUGCGUCUCAAUAAGCCGUACAGCGUGCGCGUGCCCAUGGACAUCAGCGUGUUUGCCGGGACUCACGCGGAUCUGCUGAUAGUGGUUUUUCAUAAGAUAAUCACUAGCGGACACCAGCAACUGCAGCCACUCUAUGACUGUCUGCUCACCGUCAUAGUCAACGUGUCUCCGUACCUGAAGAGUCUGUCGAUGGUAGCCGCUAACAAACUGCUGCACCUGCUGGAGUUCUUCUCCAGUGGCUGGUUUCUGUUCUCCUCGCCGCGCAACCAUCACCUGGUUUUCUUUCUGCUGGAAGUUUUCAACAACAUCAUCCAGUAUCAGUUUGAUGGGAACUACAAUCUAGUCUACGGCAUCAUCCGCAAGCGCAGCCUCUUCCACCAGCUGGCAAACCUCCCUGCAGACGUCAUCUCCAUCCAGAAAGCUCUGCAGAGGAGAAUCCGGAGCAACAGUAACGCUGUCUUCAUGGAGUCUAACAACAAUGUAUCGCCCAGCGAGGGAGCGUUUAAAACCACGCUGGUACAAACAGGCACGCUGAAUGCCAGCCUAAAGGCAACACCGGGCAUUGAUAAACUAACAGAGAAGUCACAGGUGUCUGAGGACGGAAGUACCCUGUUACGACAGCACGGUGACUCUGCUCACAGCCAAUCAGAUCACAGCCCUCAAACAGGAGUCCCUGAAUCAACCUCAGGGGGAGUUGACAAGUCCAUAAACGGAGAUUGUGAUGGAAAGAACAUUGGUGUGUCCUGUACCGCAGACUGGGGUCCAACUCCAGAUUGGGUCCUCUCCUGGAAGAGUAAACUUCCUCUUCAGACUAUAAUGAGGCUUCUGCAGGUGCUGGUCCCGCAGGUGGAGAAAAUCUGCAUAGACAAAGGUCUGACGGAUGAGUCUGAGAUCCUGAAGUUUCUACAGCAUGGAACUCUGGUGGGUUUGUUGCCGGUUCCCCAUCCCAUCCUCAUCCGCAGGUACCAGGCCAACGAGGGCACAGCUCUGUGGUUCCACACAUACUUGUGGGGCGUCAUUUACAUACGUAAUGUGGAUCCUCCUGUUUGGUACGACACUGAUGUCAAACUCUUCGAGAUCCAGACAGUUUAAAGACUUGAAGAAUUACAUAAACUCUCUUCAUUCCUCCAGUCAGAACACAC